AUGAGUCUUAAGUUAAUGAAAGAAGGUAUUAGUUUACCUCAACUGAACAAGCCCGAUGUUCCAAUAGAGACUUCGUUGACGGUAUCUCAAAGAAUGAUGAGUGCUAGUGCAGGAUCGAUUUUAACGGCUUUUAUACUAACACCUUUUGAUGUGAUUAGAAUUAGAAUGCAACAACAAGAGAUCUUACCUGAUUCUUAUCCAUGUUGUGUUGAUAAGAUCAAAAAUAAUGAAAUCAAUGGCUCAAGUAAUUUAACAAAAGUGCCAGCAUCCUCCUUUAAACAUAUAAAAUCCCCUGAAUCAGAUUUGUUCUGGUUAGAUAAAGAAUAUUGUAAAUCAAGUAACAAUUGUUCUAAAAUAGAUUCAACAUUUCAAGGAUUUAAAAUCAUAGCUAAGAAUGAAGGUAUCAAGACCUUAUGGAGAGGGAUGCCUUUGACUUUGAUCAUGGCAGUUCCUGCUAAUGUAGUAUAUUUUACCGGUUAUGAAUAUGCCAGAGAUCAUUCCCCUAUUAAAGCAUCAUCCAUCAAUUCAUUACUUUGUGGUUCGAUAGCAAGGUUAGUGGCUGCAACUUCCAUAGCUCCUAUAGAAUUAGUCAAAACUAGAGUUCAAUCCAUUCCAUCAUCUUUAUCAUCCACAUCAGCUUCAUCAAUCUCAAGAUCAGUGAUGUCAGAUUUGUGGAGUCAAACUAAAACCAGAGGUUUACAUUCAUUAUUCACUGGUUUAUCUAUAACUCUUUGGAGGGAUGUGCCUUUUUCGGGUAUUUACUGGUCAUUAUAUGAAACGCUGAAAUCACAUAUUGGUAGUUUAUUAGCAGUAGACUUUAAUAAUACCACCACAGAAAAUAAUUGGAAGGUUUUCACCACAAGUUUCUUAUCAGGAUCAUUAAGUGGAUCAGUAGCUGCUAUAGCCACCCAUCCUUUCGAUGUAGGUAAAACUAGAUUACAAAUUACUCAGUCUGAAAGUCAUCUGAAUGUAGGUAAGUAUUUAUUGAACAUUUGGAAGAAUGAAGGUUUCAGUGCAUUAUUCGGAGGUUUAGGACCAAGAGUUUUAAAGGUAGCUCCAUCUUGUGCUAUAAUGAUAUCUUCUUAUGAAAUCAGUAAACAAUUCUUCAAAAUGAGUGCAUUACAAACUUUAUAG